AUGGCAGGCUAUGGUGGAGCUGCAGACGGAACAGCUUAUAACCCUCAAAGUCAAAUGAAUUUGAGUUCACUCAAAAAUCAAAUAACAGAUGUCAAAAAGUCAAACAUAGACAUACAGAAACAAAUAAGUGAAAACGAAAAGAAACUAGAAUAUGACAGACACACAAAGAAACUCAAUGAGUUAAACGUAGAGAAAAAGAAGAAAGAAGAACAACUGAAAGAACUAAGUACAGAGGAAUAUGCGAAAAAAGUGUCAGAAAAAGCAGCAGAAGUAGCAAAAAUGGAACAAGAUGUUAUAAAUUUGAAAAACCAUACUACUCAAUAUAAAGUACUGAAAGAUGAAGAGAUAAAACAAAAAGCCCUGAAGACAUAUAUGGAUAGCGAUGAGUAUAAAAAAGAAGUUGAAGCAAAUGUAAAGGCAGAAAAACUUUUACAGUUGCAAAACCAAACCGUACAGUAUGAAAACUUAGCACAAGAAAGUAAAAAUAACGACGCAGCCAUGCAAAAGGCAAUGAAAAGCGCAGAAUAUAUAAAAGCUAAUAAUGACUGGUUAGAUGCCCAAGCCAACGCUAAAGCAGCCCAACUUAUAGGGUCAAUAAGGACAAAAAUACAAGCGGAUGAAGACAGUUCAAAUGAAGCUUUAAUGAAUGCUGACUUUAAGAACGCCUUCGAAGCUCUUCAUAGUAAGGUGAAACUAGUGAACGACUUCUCAUCUGGAAAGAAACUGAAGUCUGAAGGUUUCGACAAAGAGUUAAAAGAAGUAGCACAAAAUAUGACGAAAAUAACAGAUGCAGCAACGAGACAGGCAGUUCAAAGUGCCUAUGACGCCGUUAGAGCAACUGUUGUGGAAAGUCAAGAAAAAGAGUUACAACAGACCAAAACAGACCUAGUAAAUGCUUUCUUAAAAACGAAAAGUCAGGUAGGACAUUACGCUGCAGAUGGAACAUAUGUGCCAGCUGGUGGAACUUAUAUACCACCAAACCCUCCAAGAGAAGCACCUGCACCAGGACUACCUAG